AUUCCCUCCGGUCAUUUAAAUGACCAACAUUAUAUUUUAUCACAGACUCAAAAAUAAUUAAAUUAUUCUUUCAUUCAGAACAUCUGACACAUGACAGACAUUUUAAGUGCUGAGGGGGCUUCAAAGCGCUUUAUCUUAUUGAAAACCAAUGUUUAUAAAUACUGUUCAGACUGUUUGAAUUGGAGAGCGUUGUGUUUAUUUACAAAGGAGUAAUACAAUAGAUAUAUGUGAAAUGGAUUUAAAUAGCACACAUAACCCAAGUUAUUGGUUCGUCAUAAGAGAAGAUCAAAGCAAUGUCAUAUUCAGCAGCAAUAAUUUUACAAUACAAAACCAACAAAUUUCAGGACAAGAGGCAAGAUAUAUUGUUGACUCAGCGGAAAACAGGCAGUAUAUCGAAAUUGAUGAUGCUCCAGUAAUAGUUCAAGAAACCACAGAAACUUUUGAUAAAGAUCCACUUAGAAGUAAGGAUGAAGAUAACUUUUGGGACAGAAAUAAAGUAAAAACACUUCUUAAUUUAUGUUUAGAGAACAGGUUUAAAAAUUCACUCAAAGAUAAGUCUCUAUGGCAAGAAAUUGCUAAACAUCUAGGAACCACUGUUGAUGAGUGUAAUAAAAAAUAUAGGAAUCUUCGAAGAACAUACAUAAGAUUACUAAAAAAGAAAAGAUUAGGGAAAGAAAUCAAAUGGGUUCAUUAUAAUAUUUGUGAAGAAGUAUUUAAGGAGUGUAAAACUCUUCCUCCAUCAGUAUUGGAACCAUGGGAAGAUUAUAAAAUACGGAAGCUGCUUAGCUUAUACAUUGAAAAUCUACAUAAAUUUAGAAGUCCAGACUGUUUGCAAAAGGAUGUGUGGAAAGAAAUAGCAACUCAAAUGGGAACUACAGAGUAUAAUUGUUACCAUAAGUUCAAGAACUUGAAAAGAGCUUACUUGAACUGGUUGGAGAGAAGUCGCGAAACUGGGAAGCCUAUAAAAUGGCAAUACCAUCAAUACUUUGAAAGAAUAUUUUAUAACUAUAGUCCUACAUUAGGUCCCUGGGAUAGAAACAAAACACGAUUACUAAUGGAUGCAUAUGUUCAGAUAGCAGAUAAAUUCAAAAAUCCAAGAAUACAAAAGAAAGAACUUUGGAAAGAAAUAGCCACUGUAGUAGGCGAAAGUGCUAGUGACUGUGACAAAAAAUUUCGAAACCUUAAACAAACAUAUAUUCGGCUUAAAAUGAAGGCAG